AUGUCGUAUGUGAGCCACCGUAGAUUUCUGAUGAAGGAGUUUCCGUUACACUAUUUCCGGUUGGAGUCUGAUGUCUGGAAAAAUAUAUUUAUAAGCCAAUAUUUAUUAAAGAAUGGUUUUCAUUGUCAUAUAAAAGAUCCUCUAUCAUUUCUGUCAGCAACACAACUCAAUAAUUACCUGGAUAACAAUAAUAUUCAAUGUUUACUGGGUAUACAUCUAUAUAAAUCAGGCUGUCUAUUAAAAGAUUGUAAGAAACCCUAUGUGAUAAUAAUUGGUGGAACUGAUGUUAAUAAAUAUCAUACAGAUCUUCAUAUGUUAGACAUAAUGACACAAACAGUCAGUUCUGCCAGAUAUCUGGUUGUGUUUGGUGAGUCUUUAAGAAAACGGGUUCAUCAUUUAUGGCCAAAUCUCCCACCAAAGAAACUUGUGGAAAUCAAACAGGCUGUGAUAACCAACCCCUCCUCGUUUUGUUUAUAUGAAUAUUUACGAUCCAAUGAUUAUAUUGAUAAUAGAAGCAAUAACUGUGAUAUUAAAUUGUUUUUAUUAAUAAGUGGUAUACGUCAUGUUAAAGAUCCACUAUAUUUAGUCAAACAAAUGUCUUAUUGGCAUAAUGAAGAUGACAAUAUUUAUUAUAUUAUUAUUGGACCAAUGAUUGAAGAAGAUUGUUACAAAGAAUUUACCUCCACAAUCAAAAGUUUACAAGGUGUUGUCUAUAUACCAGGUCUUUCUUUAUCUGAUACUCAUACAGCCAUUAAACAAGCUUAUUGUGUAGUCAAUUCAUCUAAAAGUGAGGGCAUGUCUUUAGCUUUAUUAGAGGCUAUGGAACUGGGAACACCAGUAUUAGCUAGAAAUAUAUGCGGUAAUAGAGAUUUGAUAACACAUAAACUAACAGGAUUGCUGUUUAACACUCCUCAGGAAUUUGUUAAAGAAGCUAAAUAUUUGAUCAUGGUACCAAAUCUAAGAGAAACUCUCAUAGCAGAAGCAAAAGUUCAUGUAUCAAAACAACACUCUUCUUUAGUGGAGGAGAAAAAGUAUUGUGAACUUAUUAGUAAGUGUUUAUGUCAGCAUUACAGCGAUCUUCCAUAA